AUGCACUUUCCAAAGUCCUGGAAGGACUGGGGCCAUCAUAAGAAGGAAGCCUCUGAUAAAAUGACUACGACGGACGAUGCCUCUGAAACAUUCAAAUCAUUCACUCCACAAACCGAUGGAACUACUGUCGUCUUUGUGCUUGGAGGACCUGGAGCUGGCAAAGGGACUCAAUGUGAACGGCUGGUCCGUGAUUUUGGAUUUGUGCACUUGUCAGCUGGUGACCUCCUACGAGCCGAACGAGAACGACCAGGCUCCCAAUACGGCGACCUGAUCAACAAUACCAUCAAGGAAGGAAAAAUCGUACCUAGCCAUAUAACCAUUGGACUGCUAUAUAAUGCCAUGAAGAACGAAUCAGACAAGUUACGGUUUCUCAUUGAUGGCUUCCCGAGAGCUCUGGAUCAAGCCUUAUCUUUUGAAGAGCAUGUCUGCAAAGCGAAAUCAAUCCUGUAUCUAGACUGCUCUGAACAAGUCAUGUUACAACGGUUGCUGAAACGAUCGGAAACAAGUGGACGAGUCGAUGACAAUAUAGAGUCAAUCAAGAAGAGAUUUGUCACGUUUCAGGAAACGAGUUAUCCGGUUGUUGAACACUAUCGUCAACUUUCCAAGGUUAAGACGGUUGGCUGUGAAAAGGACGUUGACGCCGUCUACGAUGAUGUAAAGGCAGCCGUUGCUGAAGUCCUUGCUGAAACGACAGAAAAGAAAUAG